ACCGAUAAACCACGUAAAUGUUUUCCAUUUUUGUUUUUGAUUGAACCAACCGGAAGAUUUGUUGUUGCUGCUGCUAAUGAUAAUGAUGAUGAUGCUGAUGAUGGUAAUUUGUGCAUCAAUAUUCACUACCCGUUCCACUUCACCACCCAGGUUCACAGCUACUUGAACGGUUCGUGGUUCGACGUGUCCACAAGUCCGAACGAUCCGGUAUUCAUAUUGCAUCAUGCAUUUGUGGAUAAGUUAUUUGAACUGUGGCUACGAAAAUAUCGCCCCGGAUUGGAGCAGGUAUGUUAUUUUUCAAUGAAUCCAUUUUUCUCGUCCGAAAAUUUCAAAUAA